AUGUCGCGAGAUAAAAGUGUUUGGUUCGCUGAAGAAAUAUUGCUUGAUGCAAAACUUAUUAAUUGUCAAUUGGAAACUGGAGAGUGGGAUGCCGUGGAAGAAAUGUUGCGGGCAGAAGCCCAACUUUCGCGGGAUGCCGAAACUGGACGAUUGCGACCUAAAAAAGCAUCUGAAUAUACCCUUCGACUUAUAGCAGAAGUUUUGCAUAUAAUGCGCUUAGAUGUGGAGCAAGCCUCGUACAAUCGUAGUACACUUGCUGUAGCAGAACAAUGUCUUAGACUUGUACGCUCAUGUGCAGCUGCUGGAACUAAAAUGCAAACAUAUAUUUCUAAGGAACUAUCCAUUCUUGAUUCUAUGCUUAUAUUAGCUACAGAAUAUCAACAUCCCAGUGUUGAAUUUUUAAAUGAAGAGUUGCAAAAGAAAUAUGAAUCUUGUAUGACAGUCUUAAUACAGACAUUGGGAAAUCUUGUUGUUAAUAAUCCCUUUAAUCAAAUAAUAAUAUGGAAUAAGUUUGAACCAACAAUACUUAACUGUCUUGUUGGUCAAAAUGACAAAAUAGCAUCUGCGGCUGCUAUGAUUGUUUAUAACAUACUAUUGGGCCAGCCAAAUGUCCUCCCAGAUGAUGUUACAUUAUUAAAUUCAUUAGCCUACAUGUACAGCAAUGAAAACACAGAGUAUCCUCAUUUAAUAAUAGAAUACCUAAUUGGUGUGGAAAACACAUAUAUAGAAAAAUUAUAUUCAAAAUUAGAACCAGAGUGCAGAAUGCUGGUCUUAAAUCUAGCAUAUAACAUAUUGAUGUCAACAGAAACGCAAGAUAUAAAUGUGUCAGUAAAUUUUGUUAAAUUUAUGGCCCAUGAAUUUAAAAGUAAAUCUGAUUGUAUAUUGAAAACAAUAGAUAAGUACGUGAAUACCAUUGAACCACAGGAGGUAGUGUUUCUGUUAGAAAUAAUAGCUACCGCCUCUAGUAUGGAUACUUAUAUGGACUGUCUCCAAAGUGACACUUCGCUUUUUAUUAAUUGUGCUUUUUUACUCAGGGCAAUACACAAACUGGGUAAAGAAAGCAAUAAUUUCUUCUCCUCUAUUAAUAAACUUUAUGCAGCAACAGGCAAACAGUUGGUAAGUGAUGAUAAUAUGCAACCUUGCUCUACACCUGGUGAAAAUCCCCUUUGCAAGAAUGACUCAGCAGAUAAUAUGCUUUCAUGUAAUGAAACUACUUCAGAGUGCACUGAGUCAGAAAGUAGUGAACAAUAUUUUGAGUGCAGUGACAAUUUGGUGUACAAUGAGAAAUUAGAUAUUCUUGCUCCUCCUGAUUUUAAUGCAAAAUAUGAUUCCGAAAGAGCAUUACGACCAACUGAUGUUAAUGUGAAAGUUGAUGAUUUAACAAAAGUUGCAUUCAAGAGAAGCAGUUCAGUGCCAAAAGGAGCAACAGAUGAAAGAAUACAACUACCCACAAGAAGGAUCAGUUUAGAACAUAAAAUUGAUAUAUGUGAUGAUAAUGAACCACCACUAAUUAUUGAUGCUCAAUCACCAACAGCUAGUAUGAACACAAUUGCAGAAGUGAUUCCAGUAGGAUUGCAACCGCGUCUAGAAUUAGAUAAUAGUAGAACAGAUUCACAAGAUAGUUCACCUAACGACCCACCAACUGAAAUACAUGUUAUUAAAGAAGAUCAAAUCAAAGAAACUAACAUCAAAGCGUCACCAAGUGAAAUUUCUCCACCCUUAUCAGAGAAUGUGCAAGAAUCUGAAUCUCAGAAACAAUCACCCGAUACUCCAAAAGAAGUUAAAAAGAGCCAGAAUUUAUCAACAGAUUUUGACCUGAGUGAACAGUUGCAGAAGAUUCUUGGGAUAUCAUCAGAGAAAACUCGGGCAGAUGCAAAUAAUGAGAAGAAACCUGAUCCUGUUAAAGAAGUUAAAAUUUCUGAAGAAAGUGUUGCGAAUAAAGUGCCAUUUGUGAAAAUUGAUUCACCAGAAUCACAAAAAACUAGACUCGGAGCAAUAGACAUGUCAACACCAAAGAAAGCUAUGACAAGUGUCGAGACAGUUGAAAGACAUGUUGCAUUCGGAUUUAAAGCUACUCUAGUAAGAAUUUUAGCUAAUCUAUGCUGGAAGAACCAAGAGAACAAAAGACAGAUGCGUGAAUUAGAAGUGAUUCCAGUGCUCCUAGAUUGCUGCAACAUUGAUGCUCGUAAUCCAUUGAUAAUGCAAUGGGUCAUUUUUGCCGUACGAAACCUGUGCGAGAAUUGUCCAGAAAAUCAGGAAGUGAUAUCAAAACUAACUCUUCAAGGCCCUGUGGACAAUGAAGUAUUGCAGGAAAUGGGUCUUACACUCCAUACAGAUUCUCAGGGAAACUCCAUAAAAGUUAUGCCUCUACAGAGAAAUUAA